AGAGCAGUGGUGGUAGUAGUAGUUAGAGCAGUAUUAAGAGCAGUAGUGGUAGUAGUAGUAAGAGCAGUAGUAAGAGCAGUAGUGGUAGUGGUGGUAGUUGUAGUAGUGGUAGUAGUUGUAAGAGCAGUGGUGGUAGUAGUAGUUAGAGCAGUAUUAAGAGCAGUAGUGGUAGUAGUAGUAAGAGCAGUGGUGGUAGUAGUAGUUAGAGCAGUAGUGGUAGUAGUUGUAAGAGCAGUGGUGGUAGUAGUAGUAAGAGCAGUAGUAAGAGCAGUAGUGGUAGUGGUGGUAGUUGUAGUAGUGGUAGUAGUAGUAAGAGCAGUAGUGAAAGGGGUGGUAGUAGUAGUAGUAGCGGUAGUAAGAGCAGUAGUGGUAGUGGUGGUAGUUGUAGUAGUGGUAGUAGUAGUAAGAGCAGUGGUGGUAGUGGUGGUAGUAGUGGUAGUGGUAGUAGUAGUAAGAGCAGUAGUGGUAGUAGUUGUAAGAGCAGUAGUAAGAGCAGUAGUGGUAGUGGUGGACAGUCCACGCCAGACCCUGACCACAGCAGGACAGUCCACGCUAGACCCUGACCACGUCGACACCACAGCAGGACAGUCCACGCCAGACCCUGACCACGGCGACAUCACAGCAGGACAGUCCACACCAAACCCUGACCACGUCGACAUCACAGCAGGACAGUCCACACCAGACCCUGACCACGUCGACAUCACAGCAGGACAGUCCACGCCAGACCCUGACCACAUCAACAUCACAGCAGGACAGUCCACACCAGACCCUGACCACAGCAGGACAGUCCACACCAGACCCUGA